AUGGAAAAUACCAUGGAAGAAGAUAUAUUAAAACAUAUUCGUUCUGAAAGCGUGCCUUUGCCCGCUUACAAGUAAGAAUAAUAAAAUAUAUCAUACGUAUUUAGUACUCAUCUGAAAAUAGAUGGCCCGAAAAUAUGGUGGUUCCCGGCUCGUACGCUUAUGUGCACUUGUUGAAAAGCUACAACUGGCUUGGACAUAACUGGUUGGAACUAUUUUCCCCCUAUAGAAAAUUCGCAUAUUUUUAUGAUAAACUCCUUGUUGAAUCAUGUUGCCCUUCUUAAGCCCCCGCUCCCCCAACUCAAUGUUGAACUUGUGCCAUGGUAUAUUACCAAAAGUUGUUUCGGCGCUGUUUACCACAUUGAACUGGGAGGGGGAGAAAAAAUUUGUUUUGUCAAUGUUCAAUAACUUUGUCAUAUUGGCUGGAAUGGUCUCAAGGGUUUUGUCCAAGAUUGUUCUAUACAGACCAGAGGUGUAACUUAACACUUACACGCAGCAAGUGAACAUCAUGACGGGCAAGUAAACGUUUUAUCUUGCUUGCCCGAUUGGGCAAGUUGCCUUGCCACAAAAAGCUUGGGCAUCUUUAAGUUUAUGUUUUCAUUGUCGGAUAAAUUUUUUAUAGUGCAUGUACUUUAUUCAAAUUUUGUUUUUUUGUGGGCCAAAGCUAGAUCUGAGGCAGUAUAACAGCCAUAUAGAGCAGUGGGAGAACGGGUCGACAUGUUGUCCCCUUAAUUUAUACCCCCUACCUAGGUACCCAGUGGCCAUUGUCUGAUGGCAAGUGAACUCAGGACAACUAAUUUUCAUGUCCAACUUGCCCCGAGGGCAAGUAGUCAAAAAAGUAAAGUUACACCACUGCAGACGAGCAAAUCAAAUUUGUCAUAUGAAAAACUUGUCAUAGAAAACCUGCUCUUCGGCUUAAAUGCAAGCUAGGCUAGUGAUUUUUUCAUCGUUUUCAUUUAGACCUCAGCUACUAAAGUACCACGACUAUUCCAUCGGUCGUUCUUCCCCACUUUGGACAGUGAGCGACGCAGCGAAAAAUGCUCAAAGCAAAUCACGACUGGAGGAGCUGUCUUCUCCACGACCUAUGCACCCGGAGUAUCAACCCCCAAAGCCCGCGAUCCCUGUUAUUACAAAGGCUGCGAAGGAAGCCUUGCCCACAGAUCGAAUAGAAGAACUCUCCAGAGCUUCGAAUCGAAUCAUCAAUAUGGAAAACGAAUGGAGAGUGAAGGGAUCGGCUUUGAAUUAUAGACCGAGUGAAAGAAUUUUAGAGUUAUCUCGACCGCGGUCUUUUGCAAAUGGCUACAUGCCUUGUAAGACUCCGGACGAAACGUGGCGGGUUUCGCCAAAUGCUCGGAAAGCAUCGACUUCUGAACGGGUAGACGAGUUAAGUAAGCCUCAUAUAAGAACUGUGGCUACCAAUCUUCCUCGGACGGACGCGUUUACUGUCCGCGAGACGGCGAAGAAGGCUAAGGCGAGCAACCGUAUUCUUGAACUAUCUCUGCCUGUUAUAAGAGGCCACUGA